CGGUAAGGACCUCCCUACGAGAACAUGCCUCUCGCAAAAGAUCUCCUUCAUCCCUCUCCAGAGGAGGAAAAGAGGAAACACAAGAAAAAGCGCCUGGUGCAGAGCCCCAAUUCCUACUUUAUGGAUGUGAAGUGCCCAGGAUGCUAUAAAAUCACAAUGGUCUUUAGCCAUGCACAUACGGUAGUCUUGAGUGUUGGCCGCUCCACUGUCCUCUGUCAGCCUACAGGCGGGAAAGCAAGACUGACAGAAGGAUGCUCCUUCAGGAGGAAGCAGCACUGA